GCCCCACCCUCUUCUGUGAGGGUGUCAGUAAAUAGUUCCGCUAGUAUCACAGUCCAGUGGGGGCCAGUGGAGUGUAGACAUCAGAAUGGAGAGAUAACAGGCUACUGGGUGAGGUAUGGAGUGGCAGGGAGCAGCGAGGAAGACAGGAGUGUGCUGAUGGUAUCAAGAGACAGUGGUGGAAUGGCUACAAUCUUUGGACUGAGUAAAGAGACAGUCUGCACGGUUCAAGUGGCAGGAGUCACCAGUUCUGGUACUGGAGUAAACACCGAUCCUCUCACCUUUGAAACUCCUGAUAAUGUGUACCUCAGCCUGAAUGGUGGUGUCAUCCCUAAUCAUGGCUAUUUGGACAUCAGUGAUAUUGGUUCC